AUCGCCUCUCAUAUAAAGCCGCAUCGAACAGUCAACUACUACCGCAAUCUCCACCAUCCUCUCCCAUCCCACAUCCCAAUAGUAUACUAACAAACAUGGUUAAAGUCGGAAUCAACGGGUACGUUUUGGUCGUAUCGGCCGUAUCGUGAUGCGCAAUGCCCUUCAAAACCAGGAUAUUGAGGUUGUUGCCGUGAACGACCCAUUCAUUGAUCUCGAGUAUAUGGUUUACAUGUUCAAGUAUGAUUCUGUUCAUGGACGUUUCAAUGGCGAUGUCCACACCAAGGAUGGGAAACUUUUUAUCAACAACAAGCCCAUCGUUGUUUUCAGCGAGAGAGAUCCCGCCAAUAUUGCCUGGGGCUCCGUUGGCGCCGACUACAUCGUCGAAUCUACUGGUGUCUUCACUACCACUGACAAAGCCUCUGCCCACUUGAAGGGGGGUGCCAAGAAGGUCAUCAUCUCUGCUCCUUCCGCGGAUGCACCUAUGUUCGUCUGCGGCGUCAAUCUCGAUGCUUAUGACUCGAAAUAUACCGUUAUUUCAAACGCAUCAUGCACGACCAAUUGCCUUGCUCCUCUUGCCAAAGUCAUCAACGACAAAUUUGGUAUUGUCGAGGGUCUCAUGACUACAGUACACGCGACCACAGCAACGCAGAAGACGGUGGAUGGUCCUUCAAACAAGGACUGGCGCGGAGGCCGUGCUGUCAACAACAACAUCAUCCCUUCGUCGACUGGCGCUGCUAAAGCCGUUGGUAAAGUUAUCCCUAGCUUGAACGGCAAACUCACAGGAAUGUCCUUCCGCGUACCUACUCUUGAUGUCUCCGUCGUGGAUCUCGUUGUCCGUUUGGAGAAACCCGCAUCCUAUGACGACAUUAAGGCUGCGAUUAAGGAGGCCUCAGAAGGCCCUCUGAAAGGUAUCAUGGCCUAUACAGAGGAGAGCGUCGUCUCCACCGAUUUCCUCGGCCAUAGUGCAUCUUCAAUUUUUGAUGCCACUGCUGGAAUUCAGCUCAACAAGAACUUUGUCAAACUAAUCUCCUGGUACGACAACGAAUGGGGAUACUCCAAGCGCGUGUGUGAUCUGCUCGUGUUUGCUGCCAAAAAGGAUGCCGGCCUGUAAAUACUGAUAGCAAAAUUGUGAUGGGUGUAGAAGACGACAUUUUAUUGUACUUGUUUGAUCGUAUGUGUACGUUUCAUGUACUUGGGGAAAGAGCUUCACUGGUGAUGUUUUGUUUUAACUGCUGUCUUUACUAUAGAAAAUCGGGCAGCGGUUUAUGAUAACUUAUAGAUUGCUUUUUGAAUGUACGACCCAGAACUUGUACAGCGAUGAACUUAUUAUACAACAAUUCACCUCCACCUGAAAUUGUGUUUCGACAGGACGGUCACUGAUGUCUCAUCAACGACUCAUCAACGACUGGUUAUAUUUGAUAGCACAUAAAAUUAACUACUUCACCAACA